AAUGUAAUUGCUUGUUUUAUUUUGUUUGAAUAAUUGAAGAAUUUGAUCAGAGAUUGCACAUUCUUUUCAAAGGCAAGUAAUAAGCUAUGCCCGUGUCAAAUGGAACAGCGGAAAAAAACACUAUUAAAAAACAAAAAAAAUGGUCAUUGUUGGGUAUAUUGUCAAAAAAAAAGAAACUUAAGACUAGCCAGGAGAGCAUGGACUUUUGUCCAUACGAAGGGAAGUUUAAUCAGAACGUCGCAAGAAAAUCCCAUCUGGAACGUAACAGUGACGGCCUUUGCGUAAUUCAACAGUACACGCGCAGUCCUAGGCCUAUAAAAAGGUGCCAUUCUAUGCAGUACACUGCGGGCCCUUUAUCGAACGUCAGCGGUCGAUCCGAUUGGAGGCUGUCACAGCAGUCCGUGUACAGUACCGGUUCGAGCGCUUGUUACAGCGACACCGGCGUGUACAGGGGCGGCGCUAGCGACAACCGGCGGGCCCAUCCUGUUGUCGCGCCGCCGUUUCGGUGUUCCUCCGAAGUGGGCCAUUACCGAAACAAAAUAUUGGCCAGGAACCUGACACCGGCUGAUCGUAGUGGGACCAACAGAUCCAAGCAACACCUGAUCGGUAAAAAAAUACCACCGCCGCCUCCCCCAAGAAAUCCCAACGUCAAAGCCGUUUACUACUAUGAAAACAAUCGGUUGGUAUCUAGAGAAUCGGAUUCGAAUUAUUUUUCACAAAGCUCGGACGAGUACAGUCCGACCAGGUGCGACCGAACGGAAGGCCUUCAAUUGGCCGACGAUGAUGACAACGACAACGUGUUUCGUUAUGACGACAACAGUUAUACAGAAGAACCCGGCCCUAGAAGCAGGUGUCCCAUACAGAUAUGCGACGUUGAAACACUAUCGUCCGAAUGUGUGGAACAAGUGCCUCGAACCCAAAGCGUAGAAGAAGCUCUCCAAGAGUUGGAAGACAUAUACAACAGUUUGGGUUUGAGUGACGACGAUCUGUUGGACAGAGCCGAGCGGCGCGACCUGCCCACAGCGCACCAAAACAUGCGGUACGAAAGCUUCGAUGAGACGGAUUACGCGACAAGCGUCAGUGGCGAUAGGCGUAUGCUGUCGAGGUCGUCGAGGCGGUCAGGCGUUCCGAACGUUGUAUCUGAUGACAUGGCAUACCGCAGGUUAAACCGCAGAGAAACGAAGAAGGACAACCCGACAUUCCUUGGUAGUUUUCUGUUGGUCCUGCCCUCAAUGUACAACUUGGACACCAAUCCUACCGUUGUUUCUAAAGAACCUGAUGCGACACUGGACGACGUGGUGUUCAGAAGUCGUAGGCAACACCGCAACUGUCUCAAAGUGCCCGACCCUCAACCGCCGUUUGGCAUACCGCUAGGUCCAAUUGUGGCCGCCGCUCCCAGCGAUUACUUACACGCAGUGCCCGAGGGCCGGUAUAAGCCGACGUUCCACCCCCGCAGGACCCCCGACACGGUGGAAGACGAUUUGGCGUUUCGCAGUCUUCGCAAAGACAACUGCAAGACCGGUGGCGUGUACUUCAACGUGUCGUAUGUUCACAGAGAUCGAUUUCGGAUCAACGGGGCUCUCGUACCUAGAUCUAUGAUCAACAGACUGGCUAAAGAUGACGCGCAUUGGAUCAUCAAAAACCCAUUGGCUGUCGACUACCCGACAUCUGAUAAGCACACCAACGUGGUUAUUGUCAAGGUCGACCAACACAAGCCGAUCGUGUUGACGGGGUUCACGUUGGAUGAAGCCGACCGUCUGAGUAAGUCACUUGUUUGCACGCAAUUACCUCCAUCACCUCGCGAGCAUGAGUAUCGUCGAAAACGCUUGUUGUCCAACAGCCGAGCCGCAAUUUAUCGCUCAAAUAAAGCACUGCCUUUAGUACCGUUAAAGCCGAGCUCUAAAUUCGUUGCUGGGUCACCCGUUAGCCCUCCAGAAGAACCGCGGCAGGUUAACCGCGUUGACUAUGAUGUCACUGCCGUCGCGUCAACUGAAACAGGAAAACCGCUCGCCCCGGAACUGACCGGUUUAGACGAUAAUGCCGGCGGGUCGUGCCGCAAAGGACAACCGAAUUUUAGGGAGCUCAUUCGGCGUGAGUAUGCCAACAGGUUUACGACGGACCAAAUCGAUUGGCACGCGACGAAUUCUGUUCACGGCCAUCGCCGGCGAGUGUCCCCCAGUGUUCUAACCGACGAAUUGGCCAAUACCGGUAAAACGGUCGUCGGCACCAUAGGACCCCAAGACACCGUCCGAAAACAAAGUGACGCGGAAGUCUCACAGACUGAAGAAACGCUCAAAGGCUUCUCCUUGUCGUCCGGACAACAUAUGGCGUUGGUGCCGUGGUCGUCCUCGAAGAGCACAGCGGACUUGACGGUACCGCCGAGGCGGACGUCCCCCGGAUACUUGGAGGUGUGCUUGUACUUAAUCGUAUGCCUAUACCAGUUGCUAAGUGUAAAUGCGUUCAGCACACUAAUAGCAUUGAUCUUACUUAUCGCUUUACACUUUUGUAGAAGUCUUUCGUGAUACAAUCAUUGCAUACCAUAAUACCUUUGUAAAAAUAUAGAAAUACCUAUUUUUUGUUGUUGUUUAUAAUAGCUUCUUUUUGCUUUUGUUGUUUUUAGCAUUUAUGUUUUAUUUAAUUAUUUAUUCGAAAAAUAAUAUCUAUCGGUGCUAGGUAAGUUGUAUACCAAAUAUACUUUAAUAUGAAUACAAUAUAAUAUACUGUAUGUACGUUUAGUCAGUUUCGUAAUGACAACGUAAUGUACACGCUGGGAGAAAAUAUGAAUAAAAAAAAAUAAUGCGUACGUAAUAUUAUUAUAUUAUAUACCUAUAUAAACGCCAUACAUGUAUAUUUUUUCACA